UGGAGAGAGACAUCUGACUGAGUCUUCUAACUAUUUCUAAGAGAGAGAACUGCAUUUUUAUAUCAAUUGCUGAGAUUCAGUGGAGAUAAAUUUGUAAAGAUGGGUAAGAGUGGAAACAAGAAAGGAGGAGGAGGUAAAUCAGGGUUUGUUAAUGGAAGCAAUCUAGGUGGUGUUUUAACACUUAGACAGCAAAUUCAUGGAAGAGGAGGAAAUCACCAGAAUAAAAUUAGCAGCAGAUCGAAUAGUAAUGUUGGUAACAGGUCAAUAUUGAAAGCCAAACAUUUGGAGAAAUUAGCAUUAUGGGAUGGUAGUGAUGCUUCAAUUCCUUCAUUGGGUGCUUUGUUUGGACAGAGAUUAGCUUCUUGGUUUGAAUCUAUGGGUACUCCUAUUGAUUUUUCCCUGUUUUUUUGCCAAAGAUGUGAAUCGAUUCUUCAACCCGGUUCUAAUUGUACAGUUAGAAUCGUAAAGAACGGAACGAAGAAGAGGAAGAAGAAACAGCGCAAAAAUGCAAGUGUUCGGCCACAAAACAAGGUUGUUUAUACAUGCAACUUUUGUUCACAUCGAAACCUGAAGAGAGGGACCUCAAAGAUUCAUAUGAAAGAGAUAUUACCUCCAAGAAUGAAACAAAUUGAAUGUGAUGAGAAGCAAUUAAAUUUGGUAAAAUCUAGAGCAGACGAAAGUAAGGUAGAUUUGAAUGUGGAGGCAGUAGUUUGUCCGGAAAAUGUGGCAGGAUUUAAAGAAGAAGUCAUCGGUCAGAUACGUUCAAAAUCUGAAAUGUUACUGAAAGCAAUAAAGAGAUAGGCAAGACUGCACAGGAGCUAGUAUGUAUACCCAUUGUAGAAUCAGAAGCAAAGGUCCCUGAGAUGAAUUACCUUGUUUGUAAAGAUGCUGCAAGUGAAAACAGCCCGACAACUCCAUUGAAUAGAGUGCCGAUGCUUUUGCUAGAUGCAAAGCGAAGAAAGAGAAACAGGUCUAAUAAUAAACAGCUUGCAACUGUAAGCGACUCUAAGACCACGGAUGUAGAAAAAGUUUCAGGAAGUUCGACUAAAAGAAGAAGGAAAUCAUCGUCUAGUUUGAAGGAGUUAGCUGAAGCUAAUGUGCAGAAGAAUGACAUUGCUAAUCUAAUAAUUUCAUUUUGUUUAUGAAAAGGUAUCUACAGUCAUAUGCUAUCAGAUUUUAUUAGUGUUCCAGUAGAUUUUAUUAGUGUUCCAGUAGAUUUUAUUAGUGUUUCGUGGGAGAGAAGCAAUUAGAUUCUAAUUUGUUAUCUGGAUUUUGAAAAUGCUCACUGACAGAUGAUCUACAAAAUGUACAUAAAGGUUUUAGUGCGAGGAAAAAAAAUGUCUUAGUAUGAAGUUUUGAACUUAUGAUUAGAGAUUGCCAUGAGAAGUCAAUUCAGUUUCUCACAGAUGUCAUUCUUGUGUUUGCACUGCCGACUCACCCACCCCAUCAUAUUCUGUUUCCAUCAGCAGUGGAUCACCAAGCACAUGCUCUAAAGGCUCGGCAGAUGCUACCACAGAUUCCUUCAAUUCUAGUUCGUUAACUAUAAAUGUUUGUGAGUUAUCUCCCUUGUGGAGCUGCUCCAAGACAGCAUCAACAUUUUCAACAGAUCUUGCUUCAAGAACUAGAAGCUCUAAGUCAGUCUCUGUCAGAUAUCGCUCAUGUGUAGCCAGUGUCAACUCACCCAGCCCAUCUUUUGCUACCGUCGAUAGUGGCUCAUCAAGCACAUGGUUGAAAGACUCGGCUAUCGGCAUAUGCCACUGUAGAUUCCUUCAGUACUGGUUCAUCAACAGUAGAAGUCUUUGCAUCAUCUCCCUCGUGGAGUUGCUCCAAAACAGCAUCAAAGACUGCUUUCUAUCAGCUUUGGUUCUUCCACAGGUAGUGCAAAGACAGCUUGAUUUUGGCUAUCUGGAGAUUGUUCUAAGAGUUUAAAGUUGGGGAAUUUUUCAGUUUUUCUAAAGUGGUUUUUGUAAAUAGAGGUCAAAUUUUGUCCCUUUCAAGGUUGCCUUCUUUGAGAUUUUGUUUUUUGUUUUUCCAGGAGAAGGAUUACUUUUGGAUUUUUGGUGUUGUUGUAAGCGUCUAAAUUUGAGAGAAUUUUUUAAUUCUUUAGAGCGAAAUAUUGAUUUAGUAAGUGGGUUUGGGGUUGACAAGAUGAGAAGUGAAAGAGAUGAGGAGAAGAGUGUAGGACCCUUUGUUUCAAGACUACAUGUAUAUGAUACAGCGAAAGGAGGACCAAGAGCAACACCAAGGAACAAGAUGGUUUUAUGUAAAUAUCUUAGUAUUCCCUCUCAACGGUUCAAUUCUAGGUUAUGUUCUACGUUGUUUUUACCACCUAGUAAUACAGUUUCUUCUGCCUCAGCGUCCAUGAGCCAGGGUGGUGGGCGUGAAAGGGCUGUGUUUUCCCCAUAUUACAUCCCUCCUCCUGCACCUCAUCACUUCGACGAGGAGAUUCAAACUCGCCCAGGACACGUGCUUCAGAACAGAAAUCCACAAAUAAUGCAGUUCAUUAUGCACAUGCUACUUCCCCAACUGAAAGAGCACUUACCCGAAGAGGGCUAGAGAUGAGGAUGACUUUAUGGUUCCAAGUUUGCGUAUCCCGAAACCAAUUCUGGUACCACCGAACAUCAGCAAAAUGCGGAACAGGAAAUGCUUGUUCCCUUUGACGUAGUUAACAAUAUGGGACGGGUUGUACCUGGUACUUGCGUUUCUUCUUCCCAACUUCCUAGUGCUGGGGAUAAACAUCUGAGACGACCAAAUACUAUGGAUUUGAGGUCAAGUCAAAACUAGAAACCAGGAUGAAGAGAAUCUGGCAGAAUCUAUCACCAGUAGGGAUUUCAUGGAGAAGAGUAAAUCCCAUGCAUCAGUUGGAGAAAAGAUCUCACAUCCCAGGAAGUAUGUGGAUGUAUCAGACUCUUGGCAUCAAAAUAGUUCAGGUAACAAUUUAGGAAGAUCAGAGAAUCUGAGGACGUCAAUGCACAACUACAUCAAGGGCAUUCCGACUAUAGUGGGGAAGAGGUUCACGUUCCAAGGAUAAGAAGUAAACCAUGUUCCAGGGCCUGUCUUGGAAACAGUCAUAAAAACUCCACUAAAUGUGGUUAAGACAAAUUUCACAGUAUAUCACAAGGGAGAGAUGCGGACAGAAAUGGUGAUGUCCCCGAGUCUUCUAUUCUGGAUUCUGUAUCGAGUUUGGACAUAUCUCUGAUGAUGUUGUUGGUGUAAUAGGACAGAAACACUUGUGGAAAGCAAGAAAAGCGAUUGCCAAUGAAGGGAUAUUACCAUAAGAAAGAGAUAUUACCAUGAGAAGCCAAAUCAAUUUCUCUCAGAUGUAUCUAUCCGCGUCAUCUCUCUCAAAAUCGCAUCAAAAUCUUCGAAAGACUUUGCAUCAAGAACUGGGGACUCCAAAGACAGUUUGCUCAUCUUCUGUUCCUGUCAAGAUUGACUCGUGGACUUAUAUUCAGGUUGCUUUAAAAGCAUGUUCAAGUUUAGCGUCUUCGCUGGAUGAUUCAACAAGGAGUCUUCAGGAAGGAUGGAUUUUGGCUUCUCCCUCGGUAUCUUCAAACCCUCAAACCCAACAAGCUCAUCCUUUGUCCCUCUGUUUCAUCAUGUUGCUUACAAGACUCAGCAGAGUCGAUAUACAUUGACAUGAGGAGUUCACAUAAAUUCAAUGUCUGUGUUGGCAGAUUCGCAGAGUGGGUUUUUCUUUUCUGAAGUGUAUUUAUGCAUCAGAUUUUCAUAAGCCUUUCCGUCAGAAUUCACUCCCAUAACUCUUGAUUAAACAACUGUAAUUUUUUACGAGUUCUUUGUUUUCAC